UGGGAUUUUCAAGAUCUAAGAAGUUAUCUCGUAAGCGGCAACAAUUAAGGCAAGGACUGGCGAAAUGACAUGAUAUUAACUAGCCCUAAGGGACAAUCAAAUUCUUCGCUAUGCCACAAGGACUUGAUCCCUUUAGCAAAUCCAGGCCGCUGGGGAUUUACAGUUUACAGCACUUAUCCUAUCACUAUUUCCACCUCCGCAUCUUCAGAGGAAACACUCAACAAGCGCGUCUGUGAGCGGUUCCAGGCAUACUUCAACUCCAACUUACGCUUUUCAGCCGAGGACCUGUACGGAGAGAAGAUGCCGCUGGACAUCGAAUUCAACCGCCUCCCCUCCGUAAGCAUCACCGAGGCAAGAGUACGUUUCCGAGCCAAAUAUGGCUGGCCUGAGAAGCACGAGAUGGGUAUCUUCAGGAACCACGAGCACCAUGACCUGCGGCAUGGAGUUUUCGUCGUGAUUGACGAGGAGACGAUGAAGGCCUUGUUAGAUGCUCCGAAUCUAUUCUGGAACUUCCGGCAGGCUCGAGCUAUAGGACUGCCACGGAGAUUGAGGAUGGCAUUGUAAUUGAGGUCGUGGACGUGUAUUACGACGAGGCGUGUGAGGGAAUACAGUUUGCGGCGGCAGGAAGGGGGACGCCGAAGGACGGUCCAAAUUCGAUGGCCUUUAAUGGGUACAUCAAGACGACGCCGAGGUGGCUAAUCACGAAAAUGAAUUUCCUGAACAGAACGCCUCACGCCUAAAAGAAUUAGCAUAAGUC